CAAAACACUAACCUCAAAGGUUCUUUUCGCGGAGUGCGUUUCUCUUAUUUACACGUGUUUCAGCAUGGCCCCUACGGAAACGAAGGCCGCUGCCCCGGCCAAGACGGCCAAGGCGCCCAAGACGGCCAAAAAGCCCAAGAAGGGCCGUAAGUUCACGAACAGCCUGCUGGCUGAUGGAGUGCGUCGUUAUUCGAAGGGUAAACUCGCCCAGCGCACCAAAUUGUACCAGCUGAAGAAUGUGAAGACGAAGCCGAUGAAGAAGAGUGAGAAGCCGCCGAAGACUCGCAAGCGAGCCGUCUACAUUGUGAAGAUCGCUAAGGACGGUAAGGAGCACAAGGUGCUGGUACGCAAGAACAAGGCGAACCUGCCGACGAAGCGCGUCGCUAGGAAACGCCCCUCCAAGCAGUUGUUCCGCAACCACAAGCGCUACACCCGCGAUUCGCUCGUGCGGGGCAGGGUACUGAUCCUGGUGGCCGGACGUCAUAAGGGCAAGCGAGUGGUGCUGCUGAAGGUCCUCAAGACCGGUCUGUUGUUGGUGACCGGACCGUUCGAGCUGAACGGUUGCCCAAUGCGUCGCAUUAACCAGAACUACGUCAUCGCCACCAAGACCCGACUGAACCUGAAGAAGCUGCGCAUGCCGAAGCACAUCAACGAUCGCUACUUCAGACGUGUGCUGCCGAAGAAGGAACCGCGCGGAGAGCGCGAUAUCUUCGCCAAGAAGGAGUUCAAGUACGUGGCGUCGGAGCAGCGCAAGGAAGAUCAGAAGGCCGUCGAUAAGGUGGUCCUGAAUGCCGUCAAGAACCACAAGGAAGGGCCGAUUGUUCGCCGCUACCUGAAGUCGCUCUUCUCCCUGCGCUCCAACCAGUACCCGCAUCGUAUGUUGUUCUAAGCUGCUGUGAGCACACACCGCGGUGACACCCUCACCAAAAUCCAUCUAGGAGUUGUGCGUGUAAACAAAGUGUGGAACUGCAGGUCCUUGUCGGAACUUACCAACAACAACCACAACAACAACACCAGUUGAGUUGGGCGGGCAGAGAGCUGAGGACGCAUGAAGCUCUUUUAUUACUUUAUAAUAAUACAUCCCACUGCUGAAAGUGCGCCAGAGUAACGGAUAAUAAAAUUUAAAGAUUGUAUCUUUAAAUCAGAA